GGGAUCAAUUCAUAACUCCAGCUUUCCCUAGACACUUAAGAGUCGGUCCAGGACAGUCCCACCUUGUAUCUUUGUACAUAUACUCUAGCCGAUUUGACAGGCUAUUGUUUCAGCUUGAAGUUUUGUCAUCUCUUUCUUCCCCAUCUAUCCCAAGUAGUCCUCGACUCAAUUAACGAUCGACGCCAUGGCUGGCAGUUACCCUCCAAUCCUUCGGAUGCGCUGCGUGGCGCAGACGUACGACUGGGGCAUCAAGGGCAGCGGCAGCACGGUGGGUCGGCUGUACGCGCUGGGCACGAGCGGCAGCGCGGCGGCGGCCAAGGACGACGUGCCGUACGCCGAGCUCUGGAUGGGCACGCACCCCAGCGGGCCGUCGCUCGUGCUGCCGUCCGCCAAGCCGGACCAAAGCGGCUCCCCUUGCACCGUUCUGGUCAAGAACGACGCGGCGGAGGGCGAGCCGCAACUGCUGCAGGAUUGGCUGGACGCGCACCCCGAGGCGCUGGGCGCCACGGUGCAGCAGAAGUGGCCGGGACAGUUGCCGUUCCUCUUCAAGGUUCUGAGCGUGGCGAAGGCUCUGUCGAUCCAGGCGCACCCCGACAAGCGGCUGGCGGAGCAGCUGCACGCGACGCAGCCCAAGAACUACAAGGACGACAACCACAAGCCCGAGAUGGCCCUCGCCGUCACGCCCUUCGAGGCGCUUUGCGGCUUCGUCACCUCGCGGGAACUCCGCGAGAGCAUCCAGUCGGUGCCCGAGCUGCGCAUGGCCAUCGGCGAACACCACGCGGACAGCGUGCUCAGAGCCGGCAAGAAUGGAGUUAACGGAGUCAAUGGAGUCAACGGCGCACACGAGGCGCAGGAGUGUGCAGAGCAGAGGGCGUUUAAGGACGCGUUCAGGGCGCUAAUGACGCAGGACGGCGACGUGAUCCAAACGCACCUCUCAAGCCUCGUCGCGCGGUUGCAACACGAAUCCAAGGCGCGCGAGCUGACGGACAAGGAGCAGCUGGUGCGGCGGCUGGAGCAACAGUACCCGGGCGACGUGGGCGUGCUGUCGGCCUUCUUCCUCAACCACGUCACGCUGCAGCCCGGCCAGGCCAUCUGCCUUGCCGCCAACGAGCCGCACGCGUACCUGGCGGGCGAGUGCAUUGAGUGCAUGGCGGCGUCCGACAACGUGGUGCGCGCAGGGCUCACGCCCAAGUACCGCGACACGGACACGCUGUGCUCCAUGCUCACGUACAAGCAGGGCUGCCCGCAGCUGCUCAACGGCACCCCCAUCACGCCGCACGUCAGCGUCUACACGCCGCCCUUCGACGAGUUCGAGGUUGAGAAGAUCUCGGUGCCUCUUGGGCAGACAGCAGCUCUGCCGGAGAUAUCUGGGCCGUCCAUUCUGCUGGUGUUCCGCGGAUCUGGAGCCAUCUCAGUGGCUCCUGCUAACGGGAUGAACAAGGUGCACGGGUCGGCAGCGGCGGUGGCGGCGGCACCGUCGUAUGUGCAGGGGGUGCACGUGGGAGAUGUCUUCUUCGUGCCGGCGGGCAGCCACAAGCUGCUGGCGUCAGCCGUGGUGGAGACGGAUGGCGAAGACAGCGAGCCUGUGCUGGAGAUGUACCGUGCACGCGUGAACGUGCAGGCGCAGUGACGCGCAGGGGGUGAGGGAGGGACACAUGGGUGCACGCAGACAGGCAGGCAUACAGCAGGGGAGGGCUUGUGGUGGCUAGAACCUGGAGUGGUGUAUACAGGCUGUGGAGGAGAGAGCAGACGUGGUGUCACACAAACUCACUGACACACACUGAGUUGCCGCAGAGUGCACUGCCCAAUCGUUCUCUCUGCUGGUUUCACUCGCGGUUAUACGCAUGUAAAAUGUAUUCUUCAAUAUUCGAACAUUGCCAUGUUGUAGUAUGAUUCAGGACCCAAUCUAGUGAUUGAAUAUGUACCAUUAAUGCUGCUACUCGCACACGAUGGAUAGUAUUUUGUUGGUCCAUGCUAGUGGAAUAGAUAUAACAUGACAAG